CAUGCACCCAAACGUGAGUUUGCGGUCCGCCAAGAUAUAAUAGAAGGAAGAUCAUAGCUGUAGUUCAUCGGCUACGUGGGUGCGUUACUUUCUUCCUUGCUAUCACCUUCAAAAUGCUAGGCAAAUUGAUCGGUCAGAAAUACGCUUCUAUUGCCAAAACAUGGGUCCCAUCAUUGACGGUGUGGGGUUCAGUUGGAGGGGUGGCGUUGGUACACUUCACUGACUGGCGGUUAUUUUUGGACUGGGUACCAUACAUCAGUGGUAAAUUCAAGAAGGAUGACUAAAGGAAUUCUUGUUGAAGGUCAUAAUCUGCUGUCGAUGUGAGAAAAGUGAGUUUUACCAGAGAUGCAGAUGGCAUCAGACCCCAAGACCGUUCCACACCAGAGCAAGGAGAAGAGAAACACUGGUUUCAUUUUUCAAUCAACAGAAAUUGACUUUUCUUCUAUUUAGACAUCUGUGCUGUGCAUUAUAUUAGUCAUAUUUGAUUAAAUUGCUCUGCCAGAUGAAGGACAUCUAUUAUAUGACAAGUGUUUUCCCUUAAUCUUUUUCUUCUAUUUGGGUUAGUCCGAUUGACAUCUUGAUUCCUUUAGUCUUUGCUUUUCAUGUUCCAUCUUGAUCAUUCACUAUAUUAUGUUCAAACGUAUUAUUUGAUUGGCCAGUGAGAAGUGAGGGAUAUAUGUAAUCUGAGUUCUAUAUAUUCCAACACUCAGAUUACCAAUAUCUGUUUCCACGUAACUGUUUGGCAUGGCAACACUGUGUGGAAACCUGUCAUGUCUUCAUGAACCUUCUUUUGUCUAAUUUAUUAAAGGGAUCACCUAAACCCAGAAACAAAUCAACUCGUCAGUUUGGUGAAAGCCUAUGUUCCAUGGCUGGGUAAAAACUUCCCCAUUAUUUUACUUUUAAGUGGUCAGUCAAAAAUAAAAAUGUCUGGUUAUGUGUCAGA